UAAAAUAGUUAGGGAGAAUUUAAGUAUCAUCAGACGCCAUGCCGAGAAAGACACCAACUAUCAACGACGAUGACACUGCUGAACAACAGCUUCUGGCUGAAAUCGAGAAUGAACAGAAGAUGAAGGAUUUCUUAGAAAAGUCCAUUGAGGACCUAGAACAGAGCGUGGAAACUUUGGAGCAGCAAGCUGAAAACUCGGAUCUUGGGGAUGAAGAUGAGUGGAAAGUUCGGUACUACACACAAGUAGAGGUGAACAGUCAGCUAGAACGACAACGAGACUGGCUACGAGAACGUGUUGAAACUGCACGCAACCACACAGCGGAAGGCGUCACGGCUAUGCUGGCGGAUCUGGAUUUGGAUAGUUUGUCUGAGAAUCAGCUACUGCGAUACCUAAAGCAGUUGGAAAAAGAUCGAAACAUUUUGUAUAACGAACUUCGUGACACUGAAUGGAAGCUUGACCAAGAAUCAAAAGAAUUUCAUAAAUACAACGACACUCGCAAGGCUUACAUGACUGAGAUUACCGACGCCAUGUUGAAUCUAGAGGCCAUGAGGAACCGCCUGAAGCUUCUAGAAACCAGCGAGAGUGGUUCCAUAGCAAAAUGUCCUCGUCGUCUCAGAUAUAUAAACAUUUCACCUGAUCAACGAGUAAUUGACCCUAAAAAAGGACCCAUCAAAAAGACGGCAGCUGUACGUAGUCUCCCCAAGAUGGACACACCAGAUACAGAAAACUUGCCAGAAGAAGAGGUUUAGUGUGCUGCAGAACUGGCUCUGAUAAAAUAUACUAGAGAGAAUACAUUAAUAAGGUAGGAUACUAAAUAUCUACAGUCUCUGUACAGAAUAUGUGCUCUUUGAUCAGCUCUUAGUGCUACCAGCAACUUCUUUUUGCCAUACUUAAUAUAUGACGUUUGAAGUCUUUCAAAAGUAAAAAUCUUUGAAAGUUUAUUUUAAUAAGAUUGGAUAAUUGUGUUUUGGUGGCUAUUGAAGUACUAAACUUACCAAAAAACCGAAAACAUCUGUUUCAUAUUACUUAUUUUGUUUUUGUUAAACGCGUAUCAUUAUUAAUAUUUUUUUUACAUU